GGGCUUCAGCUGCGCCAGCGGUACACAGCUCAGGGCUGCGAUUUCGCGCCAAACUUGAGGGCAAUCCUGGUAGGAUUUUUGUCCCCGCUGCCAACAUGGUUCGACCGCUGAACUGCAUCGUCGCCGUGUCCCAAAAUAUGGGAAUUGGCAAGAACGGAGACCUACCCUGGCCUCCGCUCAGGAACGAGUUCAAGUACUUCCAAAGAAUGACCACAACCUCUUCGGUGGAAGGUAAACAGAAUCUGGUGAUUAUGGGUAGGAAAACCUGGUUCUCCAUUCCUGAGAAGAAUCGCCCUUUAAAGGACAGAAUUAAUAUAGUUCUCAGUAGAGAACUCAAGGAACCACCACAAGGAGCUCAUUUUCUUGCCCAAAGUCUGGAUGAUGCCUUAAGACUUAUUGAACAACCGGAAUUAGCAAGUAAAGUAGACAUGGUUUGGAUAGUCGGAGGCAGUUCUGUGUACCAGGAAGCCAUGAAUCAACCAGGCCACCUCAGACUCUUUGUGACAAGGAUCAUGCAGGAAUUUGAAAGUGACACAUUUUUCCCAGAAAUUGAUUUGGGGAAAUAUAAACUUCUCCCAGAAUACCCAGGCGUCCUCUCUGAGGUCCAGGAGGAAAAAGGCAUCAAGUAUAAGUUUGAAGUCUACGAGAAGAAAGACUAACGGGAAGAUGCUUUCAAGUUCUGCUCCCCUCCUAAAAUUAUGCAUUGUUAUAAGACCAUGGGACUUCUGCUGGCUUUAGAUCUAUGAGUAAUUAGUUCUUUAGGGAGGAGUAGUUGGAUGAAUUGUUUGUUUUGUGAUUCUGGGGAUGGAGCAAAUGCUAUACUGCUGAGCUACCCCAACCCUAGCCCCUAUAUAAUUCUAAACAAUAUGUUGUCAUUUCCCACUAAUCUAACUAGGUUAUAGUAAAAGUGCCUUAAGAAAUACCACUUGCUAUAAAGGUCUCAGUGCCCCUCCCCAGCAUAUGCACGGGGUAUUGUGUGUACAAGAGACCCCAAUGAUGUAGAGCCCCUGGAGCAUGAGCAGAUGCGGGGCUUAUAGAAGUAGGAGCUAGGCAGGUAAAUCCAAAGGGCAGAGACAGGUUUUAAACAGCAGAGCUGGAACUCAGACUAUAAAGAAAAUUCCAUCAAAGUAGAGGCUGGAUUAUUGUAUGCACAUCACACUUGCAGCAAAGCUCUGCUCACUCAGACAGAAAAUCAGUAAAUGGAGAACUCCAUUGUGUUCCAUGGAGACGAGAGCAGGUGGAAGAUUAUGUAAGAUCUGAAACACUGAAAUUGUCUGCUUCUCAUCUGCAGUGAGAUUCCAAGGGAUAGUACAGUGACAGAACAAGAAUAGGCACUUUCUACCAGAAAAAACCUAAGUAAUAGCAAGCAUAAUAGCUACUGUUAAGAACUCAGAGAUAAUGAAUUGAGAAUGGAUACUGCUUGAAAUGAAAAUUAAUAAGUUAGAAACUAAACUUUAUAAAAAUAAAAAAUGAGCAUUAAAA